CGCCGAGUUCCCCUGCAGAAAGCACCUCGGCGUGACCUCACCGCCACGCGGCGGGCGCUCGUGUUUCCCCGUCGCCUCCCGGGACACGGAAACGCGCCCGGCCUCCGGCUGCCGCCGCGCCGUGUCGGUACGGGGCUGCGAGCCAUGGCGCUGUGCGUGCAGGCUCUGGGUGUACAGCCGGAAUUUUUUGUUCCCAUGGCAGCAGCAAAUUCGACUCCGCCCGGCUCUCUGGACCUGAACCAGCCCGGGUUUGCGAAGGAGAUCCUGGGAACUAAGCUGGAGGUGAAGUACCUCUGCUCGGACUGCAGGAACAUACUGAGGCGGCCCUUCCAGGCUCAGUGCGGGCAUCGCUACUGCUCCUAUUGCUUGAAGAAAAUUAUAAGUUCUGGACCUCAAAAGUGUGCGAGCUGCAUUCAAGAAGGAAUAUAUGAAGAAGGAGUUUCUAUUUUGGAAACCAGCUCUGCUUUCCCAGACAACGCAGCUCGACGGGAGGUGGAAAGUCUGCCUGCUGUCUGCAUUAACGAGGGCUGCACGUGGAAGGGGACUAUUAAAGAAUAUGAGAGCUGCCAUGAGGGGAACUGCCCGUUCCUGCUGAUUGAGUGCCAGGCAUGCAGAGGUGUGAUCCCUCUGAAUGAGAAGGAGCGCCACUCUGAGCGGGAGUGCCCUGAGAGAACCCUCAACUGCAAAUACUGCAAAUCACUUUUCUACUUCCCAGAUAUUAAGGCUCACGAUGAGGUCUGCCCAAAAUUUCCAUUGACUUGUGAUGGCUGCGGGAAGAAGAAGAUCCCCAGAGAGAAGUUUCAGGACCACGUGAAGAAUUGUGGCAAAUGUAAAGUGCCAUGCAGAUUCGAAGCUGUUGGCUGUGCUGAGAUGGUGGAAAAUGAAAAGCUACCAGAACAUGAAAGCAAGUGUCUGGCAGAGCAUCUAUACAUGCUGCUGAGUUUUGUGCUCAGCCUCAAGAGUGGAUCUGGAGGCCUGAAGCACCUUCCUGCCCUUCCCUCAUCGCAGAGCAGCUCCCCACUGCUGGCAGCAAACUCCCUGUGCCCAGAGUCGGAGCUCUUCAAGUCCCUGGAGCUCUUGGGAAGGUGUGACGCCCUGGAGAAGAAAACAGUGACCUUUGAGAACAUUGUCUGCGUGCUCAAUAGAGAGGUAGAAAGGGUAUCUCUGACAGCAGAAGCGUACAGCCGGCAGCACCGAUUAGACCAGGAGCAGAUCGAGACACUGAGUAACAAGGUUCGGCAGCUGGAAAGGAGCAUUGGCCUGAAAGACCUGGCCAUGGCUGAGAUGGAGGAAAAGAUCCGCAACAUGGAAGCUUCCACCUACGACGGUGUUUUCAUCUGGAAGAUAACAGAAUUUGCCAGGAAGCGCCAGGAGGCGAUCACGGGCCGCUCUCCUGCAAUCUUCUCUCCAGCCUUCUACACAAGCAAGUAUGGCUACAAGAUGUGUCUGCGUGUUUACCUCAAUGGCGACGGCACCGGGCGUGGGACCCAUCUGUCCCUGUUCUUUGUGGUGAUGAAAGGACCCAACGACGCGCUCCUGCGCUGGCCCUUUAACCAGAAGGUGACCCUGAUGCUCCUGGAUCAGAACAACCGGGAGCACAUCAUCGAUGCGUUCCGACCCGACGUGACCUCCUCCUCCUUCCAGCGCCCGGUCACAGAAAUGAACAUUGCCAGCGGCUGCCCACUGUUCUGCCCUGUCUCCGUAAUGGAAGCCAAGAACUCCUACGUCCGCGAUGAUGCCAUCUUCAUUAAAGCCAUCGUUGACCUCUCAGGCCUUUAACUCAGCACAGAGCAGGGAAUGCAGAGCCAGCCCCUGGGCACUGCCCUGCAGGCAGGUCUUGGAGCAAGGAGGGGCGGAAGUGUGGACGUGGCCCUUCCCCAAAAGGGACCUUCUUAGUGCUGAGUGGAAACAAGGUGUCUGAUGGGAGUCCUCUUCCCUGGCAUCAGAGAGACCUUUCCAGAGAAGACGGGGUGGACGUUGGCAGGCUGUGUGGUGCAGGGAUUCCUGCAGGGACUCAGAUGUCUGAACCGCCGUGCUCCAGUUUUCCAGGGGCAGUGAGCACAGCUUGCCCAGCUGCUUCAGCACGGGGCCUCAGAGCUCUGUGGUGAGGCAGGGCUUUGGCCCCCCCAGCACUGCAGGCAGCUGCGUGUCCUGGGAGCAGGGCUGUCCCGAGGAGCACCGCUGGGCCACGUGCUGUGCUCCACUGUUGGCGGAGUGCCCUGCAUGCUGCGGGACUGCUGCCUCUGCUGUCUGCAGAGAGGAGGCACAGGGGAGCCCUGUGUCCCUGUGGCUGUGUUUUUGGUCAGGUGUGCUCAGGGCAGGUUGGGCUGGCAGUGCUGGCUGCUUGGUAUAUAGGGGGCUGCAGCAGGGCUGCCUGUGGCGGAAGAUAGAAAUGCCUGUCCCCUGAAAUCUGGGCUCAUGUGCUGAGGGGGCUGUGUAGCCAGAGCAGCGGGCUCUGGCAGCAGUGGGAGAACAGUGGCAGUGCUGGCAGCAGGCCUGAGGUGUGCAUGCAUGCUCCUGUGCUUUAACCCUGGUCAUGGGAUGGCUGCAGCACUGUGGGCACCCCAAUGUGCCCCAGCCCCACGCGCCCUGCUCUUCAGCAUCACCUGGUGGGCCCUCCCUCCCCAGGCUCAACCCUUGUCCUCCUAGAGAGCCUUUGGUACUGGGACUGGAGCCGGCCCUGAGGGAAGCUUGCUGUUGCCCUUGCUGUUUCUGGUUUGCUUGCACUGCUCCCUUCUGGGCAAGUGCCCU